GGCCGGGCGGCGGCGGCGCGGCGUUCGUGCUGAGUUCCUACCGCACUGGAAGCACUUGCAGGCUCCCCACUAAGCGCUCUGAUGCGAUCCUCGCUGCUCGCGCGCUGACAGAGCGUUCCCCUCAUCGCGGCCCAGCUCGCCGGUUCUUUCCGUUCUCCUGCUCUGACUGCGGCUUUCCCGUUGCUUUGCGCCUCGCGCUGUCGGCCCGCUGGCUCCGGGCGAUGGGCGAUCGCUUUCCCUGCCUCGGCCUGCUCGUGUGACGGAGCUGCCGCUGUGCUGGGGUCCCACGGGGCUGUUCCUCGCCCGCUGGCGGUGUCUGGGGCCUCUCCUCCUCCUCCUCCCCCCGAGCUGUGUGCUUGUUUUCCUCGUAGCGCAGCGCUCCGGUCCUUCUCCCGAUGAGCAGAGCUGGGAGUCAGUCAGGUGCUGGUGCUGCAGCCAGUUUCCCUUUUUAGCUUUUUUUUUUUUUUUUUUUUUUGGUGACGAUCAAGUCCGUCUCUAGAAGGUAGUUGGAAAGGCUUAGUGAUGGUAAAAGAUCAGUGAAACUUCCUCCUUCGUCGUAGUGCCAGAAGAAAAAGUCAUUACUAAACUAUAACACAAAUCUUGACCUAUGCAGUCAUCUCACUAAAAGUCAGCUCUGUUUCAGUCUGUUACUCCUCAGCCGCAGGUUUCAGCUAGGACCACUUUGAUAUCCCGGGCGUGGAUGGAGAGCAUGAUACAGUCCUGUUAUUUGCAUAGAAAUUCCCAAAAGACACAGAGAGAAAGGAGCAGAAGGAUAUGGGAUAGUCCUGCCUCAGCGCAGUGCAAUUCUAGGUUUGAAUUGUUGCCUUCUUGAACGCUGAGCCGUGUUUGAAAUCUUAUAGUCCCACCCAAGUGAUGGACUGUUGCUUUUAGCCAGCCCUUACCAUCAGCUGUAAGCUCCCGGAGUAACUUCUGAAAUAUUCCAGCACUUGAGCAUUCAGUGCAGCGCUCAGAGGUACCGCCCUGCUCGCUGCAGGGUAUUGGUGCACCUCGUAUUGCCAGGCCAGGCCAUAUGGGGGAAAAUGCAGCGCAGUUCUUGUUCAUAAGUUAUAGUUCUGUGGGUUUUUCCCCCUUCCCCAGAACCUUUGAUCUUGAAGAUGGUGAGUAGCCAGCCUAAGUACGAUCUAAUACGGGAGGUUGGUCGUGGCAGUUAUGGUGUGGUGUACGAAGCAGUCGUCAGGAAGACCUCUGCACGGGUCGCAGUGAAAAAGAUUCGGUGCCAUGCUCCAGAGAACGUGGAACUAGCUCUGCGUGAGUUCUGGGCACUUAGCAGUAUCAAGAGCCAGCAUCCCAACGUCAUUCACCUGGAGGAGUGCAUCUUGCAGAAAGAUGGCAUGGUGCAGAAGAUGUCACAUGGCUCCAGUUCCUCCCUUUAUUUACAGCUUGUAGAGACCUCAUUAAAAGGAGAAAUAGUCUUUGACCCCAGAAGCGCUUAUUACCUUUGGUUUGUAAUGGAUUUCUGUGAUGGAGGAGAUAUGAAUGAGUAUCUGUUAUCUCGAAAACCUAACCGCAAGACCAACACCAGUUUCAUGCUUCAGCUCAGCAGUGCACUGGCUUUCCUGCACAAAAAUCAGAUUAUUCAUCGUGAUCUCAAACCUGACAAUAUUCUGAUAUCGCAGAGCAGGAUGGAUGCCAGUGACUUGGAGCCCACGCUGAAAGUAGCUGACUUUGGGCUGAGUAAGGUAUGUUCAGCUUCAGGACAGAAUCCUGAGGAACCAGUCAACGUAAAUAAGUGUUUUCUAUCGACUGCGUGUGGGACUGACUUCUAUAUGGCCCCUGAAGUCUGGGAAGGACACUACACUGCCAAAGCAGACAUUUUUGCUCUGGGGAUCAUAAUCUGGGCAAUGCUAGAAAGAAUCACAUUCAUAGACACAGAGACAAAGAAAGAACUUCUGGGUAGUUACGUCAAGCAGGGGACAGCAAUCGUGCCCGUUGGAGAGGCACUGCUAGAAAACCCUAAGAUGGAACUGCUCAUCCCCGUAAAGAAAAAAUCCAUGAAUGCGCGGAUGAAACAGUUGAUUAAGGAAAUGCUGGCUGCCAACCCGCAGGACCGUCCUGAUGCUUUUGAACUAGAGCUGCGAUUAGUCAACAUAGCUUUUAAAGACAGCAGCUGGGACACGUGACCUGCGGAGCUGGUCGUCUCUUGGAAGAGCUGCUCCUAGCCCAGCUGAUGGUGCAACUUAAUGGCAGUAAAGAAACGAGCCUGACCUCAGACCUGCAGGGUGUAGUUUCUGCUGAUGGAAUUUUGUUUGAGUUCCAUAAAUUAUACGAAUGUGAGUUGGCAGUCGUGUUAGCGAUGCGUUGUGUUUGUUACCAGGAUGUUAUGUGUUAAGUCUUAAGAUGUGACAAUAUUCAUUUGUGUACGUUGGCAGUGGGACAUCCUAAGGGCUGAGACUUGAUUUCCAGCCGUAUCUCAGAGUAUUUAAUACAUUCCAGUUUCCUAUAUCAGUAUUAGGAACUCUCCUGGAAGAAGAGAUUUGCAUGCUGGUAGUGCAAAUCUUCAGGUUUGCAAAGUAAUUGUGUAUAUAUUUAUGCAUAUGAGUGACUGAGAGCGUAUGCCUGCAAGUGUGUUGCAUUCCAUGGGGAAAUGACACUUUUCCUAAAUUAUUUGCUGUGGGUCUGAAUGUUUGGGAUCUGCUAGAAAACUGGGUGAAGAAGAUGGAUGAGAAUCAUUCCUUCUCCGGUCCGGAAUAACUAUUAUUUAUUUUUAUCUAAUGUUAAAGGUAGGGUCCGAGACUUGACUUUGUAAACAAAAAAUACAAUGCAAGUGUGUCAGCAGCUCUCAGAGUGCUGAGGUGGCCACAGCCCCAGGAGCUCGGCACUGAUGGAGUCCAAUGACGAGUGUCCGCAGCUGGGUGCUAACAUGAUGCCGAGGUCAUUAAUCAUUCAAUUUUGCUUUCUCCUACUAAUCAAAUACUUUAUUAAUCCACUAAUCUACAGUUUCACAACAUGCUCACUGCUCUUUUAUCUACAGUCCAGCAGCAGAUUGAGUACUUUGAAUAGGAGAGUACUGUGGGCUUCUGUCAUGAGAGUGUGAACGCCCAGUGAGGGGAUGCAGCAGCACGAAGCACUGCUUUUAAGAGCGCUCAGAGUAAUGGUUCCAGCACAGUUGGAUUUAAUGUUACUGGCCGUGGGCUCUUCCUUUCUGGUGCUGUCACCUGGGAGCAAUGAGGAGAAAAGGGGGGUGACUGUCUCAUUGAACGCACACGUUCUCUUAGGAAUCAGCGAAAGGCAUCUCAAAUUUGUCUAGCAGCCUUGGCCUGUCUUUGGAUUUGUUUUCCUCCUUUUUUUUUAAUAUUUAAAGCCGUGGCUGGUAGGAUGAAAGCAUUGAAGCUGUUGAAAGGCUGCUUAUCCCCAUCUACUGCUCCACAGAAACUUCCAUGUGCUGAGAGAGGUUCCGCUUACACUACCUGACACUGCAGGCCAGACAGAAGCUGCUUUGUACUGCUGUAAUACCUUUUUUUUACGUGCAGGAGAAUGACCUUUCUCAUCAGUUUGAUCUUUUGAAAAUGUAAUCUUUAAAAAAAAAAAAAAAAAAGCCUUUGCAGCAUUUGCUUCUUGUA